CUUUUCAGUUUCAACAUUCAAACCCCGCGCCAGAGCGUCCCAGCCUCAGCCCACAGGAAGGAGGCUCGCACCGCCUGACAGGGAGGAGAGACACGGGCAGCACAAGCAGCGCACAACCGCUCCGGGACACCAGCAGUUGCAGCCAGAGAACAAGAAGAGACCGGCACAGGAGGACCUCACACCCGCAGUCACCACCUACUAGUCACAUCCGUCAUGGGUAUCCCAGGUCUGGCGGGGCUGCUCCGUGAAAACGCCUCAGACUGCAUUCAGCAGCGGGAGCUCAGCCACUACCGGGGCUAUGUCCUCGCUAUCGAUAUCUCUGUGACUGUACAUCAGUUUCUCACUGGAAAACCACAACUCACAAACCGAGAAGGGGAUGACAUCAGUGUCCUGAAGGGCCUGUUUGACCGUACGGUUCACCUGCUAGAGCACGGGAUAAAACCUGUCUAUGUGUUUGAUGGACAACCGCCCAAGAUGAAACGUCCCAAGCCGUGUUCUCAGGGAAGUGCUUCCGGCCAAAGAAGAAUAGCAAGUGGUGCAUUUCCAGAAACCCAUGUGAACGACCCACCACUAAACGUGUAA